AUGGCCUGGGGGCUGCCCAGCACUGCCAGCCUGGUGCCCUUCUGCCAGAAGCUGAACCGGCUGAAGACACUGGAGGAGUCCCGCAGGGAGACACCGCCGCGGCGCCUCCUGACCACACUGGACCUGACUCUGCUGGGUGUGGGUGGCAUGGUGGGCUCAGGCCUCUACGUGCUCACAGGUUUUGUGGCCAAGAAGCUGGCUGGCCCAGCAGUGCUCAUAUCCUUUGGCAUGGCUGCCAUGGCCUCCCUGCUGGCAGCCCUAUGUUAUGCAGAGUUUGGGGCACGUGUGCCCCGCACAGGCUCUGCCUACCUGUUCACCUACAUAUCCAUGGGUGAGCUGUGGGCCUUCCUCGUCGGCUGGAAUGUGCUCUUAGAGUACCUCACUGCUGGUGCCGCUGUGGCCCGUGCCUGCAGUGGCUACCUGGAUGCCAUCUUCAGCCGCAGCAUCAGCAGCUUCACCGAGGCCCAUGUGGGCAUCUGGCAGGUGCCCUUCCUGGCCCAGUACCCAGACUUCUUGGCUGCUGGCAUCAUAGUUUUGGCCUCCACAUUCAUCUCCUGUGGAGGCCGUGUCUCUUCCUGGCUCAAGCACACCUUCUCUGGCAUCAACCUGGUCGUCAUCCUCUUCAUCAUCAUCCUGGGGUUUGUCCUGGCCCGCCCACACAACUGGAGUGCUGAGGAGGGCGGCUUUGCACCCUUCGGCUUUGCCGGCAUCAUGGCUGGCACUGCCACCUGCUUCUGUGCCUUCGUGGGUUUUGAUGUCAUUGCUGCCUCCAGUGAAGAGGCCCAGAACCCGAAGCAAGCAGUGCCUAUGGCCAUUGCCAUCUCGCUUGGCCUGGCGGCUGGUGCCUACAUCCUCGUCUCCACUGUGCUCACCCUCAUGGUACCCUGGCAAAACCUGGACCCUAACUGGGCACUCGCUGAUGCCUUCUACCAGCGGGGCUAUAGCUGGGCAGGCUUCAUCGUGGCAGCUUGUGCAAUCUGCGCCAUCAAUACUGUCCUGCUCAGCAGCCUCUUUUCCCUGCAACAAAUCAUCUCUGCCAUGGCUGCCGAUGGGCUCUUCUUCCAGGUGUUUGCCCACCUGUACUGCCGAACGAAGGCGCCCGUGGUGAGCAUCCUGGUGUUCGGGAUACUCAUGCUUUUCCUGGUGCUGCUGCUAGACCUGGAGGCACUGGUUCACUUCCACUCCAUCGGUGUACUUUUUGCCUAUUCCUUCGUGGCCAUCAGCGUUCUCGUGCUACGUUUCCAAAAGCCCUCAACAUCCAGCUCCCAGGACCAAGAGCAGGCCUCAACCCCUGAGCCUGGACAGCUGCGAUCAGCCCUGAGACCCUACCUCAGCUUCCUGGGUGGGUGCAGACCCGGAGCCGCUGUGGCUUGGGCCCUCGGUGUCCUGGUGGCCUCGGCCAUCACUCUGGACUGUGUGCUGGCCUUUGGAGACUCGGCCCUGAACCUCCCAACCUGGGGCUACACCAUGCUGCUCCUUCUCAGCUCCGUCACAUUUCUGCUCAGUCUCCUCGUCCUAGGGGCCCACCAGCAAGAGAAACAGCAGGACACCUUUCAGGUUCCCUUGGUGCCCCUGACUCCUGCCCUGAGCAUCCUCCUCAACAUCUUCCUCAUGCUGAAGCUGAGCUACCUGACCUGGCUGUGCUUCUCCAUCUGGUUGCUGAUCGGACUCAUGGUGUAUUUUGGCUACGGCAUCAGGCACAGCAAGGAGAGCUAGCGGGAACACAUGGGGUUGACUGCCCCAAACAGCAGCCUGGAGGAGAUGGUGCUGGCCCUGCAGGCCCCCAACCAGGCACCGGACCAGGAGUCCAGUUGCAUGGAGCAGCCCACCAGUCUAUGA